AGUAUGCCGCGGGAAUUGGCUUUGUAAGUAGGUCAAGCAUUGUGAGCGCAUUGUUUUCUUCAUUAUACGACUAAAGUAGUCUCUUUUGAGAGGCUGUUUGGACAAAAGGCAGGCUCCGAAAAACAGAUACAGCAUCAAGGCCCAUUAGUGCGGCUAUGCUCUCAACUGAAACAAUGGAAUCACAGGAUGUUCCAGACAAUAUACAGAAAAUCAUUACAAGUGAGAAAGAAGCAGCUGAAAUUCCAAGCAAAAGACCAAAAGUAGAUCUCCAAUCCCUUCCAACGAGAGCUUACCUGGACCAGACUGUUGUUCCUAUAUUACUUUCUGGAAUGUCUGUCCUGGCCAGAGAGAGGCCACCAAACCCUAUUGAGUUUUUAGCUGCCUACUUAUUGAAAAAUAAAGACCAGUUUGAUUGAUGCCAUUUCAUCUUGAUCAUUUUAGACCAUGGUUGCAUGGAAUAGAUCUAAAUAUUGUGAAUAUUCAGUCAGUAAUGAUUAAGUGUUGUUUUUAUCAAUGUUCAUUCCACGAUAUGGUUUGUGUACCUGACAUGAAGAUGGCCAUUGUAAAGAAGACGCCAUGUAGCUCAACGUGACAGACACAUUCAAACAUCUUAAAUAUUGAUACAAGCACUUUUGUAUAUGUUAGUGAAUUUUUAAACCCCAUCAUGCCUUUGUAAAAAUAAACAUUCAUGUAUCAU